AUGACGACGUUAUUUGAGAAACGAAGCAUUUACGAAGAGACGAUCGCGAGAGGCGAUAUAUGCCUCUCGGACCUACGUAACUGGCGUAUAGUCAGUUCACUGGAGCCGGAGUUUGUCUCGCAAAUUUACAUGGUCAUGGUUUACGGUAAUUGUGGUGAUUAUGCCUUAAUCGUGACGAGGGACAAAAUGGUGUAUGCUUUGGGGACCAACAUUUACGGUUGUUUAUUUACUGAAGACACGUUCUCCACGCUAUAUCCCAAGAAGGUAGAGGACCUGUGCACGAUAGAUAUAAAGAUGUUCGCAUGUGGCAAUGGACCUCAUGUUCUAGCACUUACAAAGGAAGGAAAUGUAUAUUUCUGCCGUUACAUCUAUGAGGAAUUAAGUGAUUCACGUCAUUCUUAUGAUUCAGAAUCAGAUGACCUUGAAACUAGUUCGCCUAGUUUAAUGAAAAUACUUCCUUUGGAAGACAAUCUGAGUCUGAAUCGUGUCGUGGACAUAGUAUGCGGGUAUGACCAUUUCAUCGCUCUAACCGAGCAUGGUCAGUUUGAUGUCUUGCCUGGGAAGAAAGUUGUCUACGUGUCCUGCGGUCAGGGCUUCAGUAUCGUGAUCAUCGAAAAUGGCGAGAUAUAUGGUUGGGGUGAUAACGGUUAUGGUCAGCUGGGUGUAGGCCAUAUUCACGACCGAGAGAAGCCAUGUCGAAUCAAUUCAUUGGAAGGAAUUGUGAUAGUUAAGGUGGCUUGUGGGUACCAUCACACGCUGGCGCUCACGGACAAAGGGGACCUAUACUCCUGGGGUGAUAAUCAUUACGGCCAGUUGGGGAUCAGCAACAAAACGCAUUCCUUUAAACCAAUCUUGGUCGAGCAUCAAAUGGGAAGAGUGUUCGACAUUGCCGCUGUAUUUAAUAGUCACAUAAGCAUCGCCGUCGGCAAUGAAGGACGUGUUUUUGUAUGGGGUAACUGCCGUGAACAGUCAAUCAUGAUUCCAAUCAUUACUCCAUUCUCGGACGUGCACAAUGCGCUUGCAUGUUAUGGGUCGCCAUGUGCUAUGCACAAACCGCUGAUACUGAACGUGAACGAAGAGUCGCGGCUGGACAUACUGAAAUGUCUGCGAAUUGCAUUCGACGAUCUCUUGACAAGCGACCUUACAAUAGAAGUCGGGAACCAAUUUAUACACGUGCAUAAGGCUAUUUUGAUGAUCCGCUCUUCGUACUUUAAAACCAUAUUUCAGCACGAUUGGAUGGGAAACAACCAGAAUAUUAUUAAGCUUGAUCAAUUUUCCUAUAUCGUCUAUAAAGCCUUCCUGAAGUACUUGUACACCAACGUAGUCGAUUUAUCCUGGAAACAGGUGGUAGAACUUUUGGAACUGGCUGACUUAUACUCCGAGGGGGAUCUUAAGAAGAAAUGUAUUCAGAUGCUAAGGGAAGAAAUUACCGUACCGAAUGUCGCCUACUUAUAUAGCAUUGGAGUCAAAUAUAACGAGGAGGAGUUAGAACAGUCCUGCGUCAAGUUCACCAGAAAUCACAUGACGGCUGUGACGCUGACGGAAAAUUUUGCCAAGCUUGACCCGAAACACAUGAUAAUAUUCAUAAUAGAGGCGGGCAAAGCUGGAGGUUUUAAAACGUAA